AUGCUCGGCGAGCAUUUCGAUAUCAUGCGCGCCGGCAGGUACAAGCUCUUCCACAUCCCCCGCGACGCCGACAAACGCGACUUGCUGCUCGCCGCAAGUGCAGACGUGGUCCGAUACGGGCACUCCUGCGACGACAUGUACUUCACGGCCAUCAACAUCACUGGGCAGUGGUCCUUCGGGCACAAGAACACCACUUUCGUCGCCGGGGCCGCCCCGCCCAAGACCAGCACGGGCUGGGUGGACUUCGGCACCGUCUCGCUGAAGGUGGUCCACAGCAGGACGGUCAAGGCCACGCCGUACCUGAAUUUCUUCGCGCGCCACGUCCAGCACGCGGGGUACAGUGCGGGAUGCCUUCUCGGCGACGGCGACCACACGAAGGCCGAGACCCCAGAUAAGAAGUGCCAGAAUCACAUGUCGUUGCUGUCAAGCAGCUCGGUGCUCAGGUAA